AUGGAGCGCGAGAGCCGGCUCAGCGAGCUCGAUGAUGAGUUCCCGGCAACUAAGAAGCGCACACCUCAGAAGAAAGCGAAACAGCGGGCGGCAGAUGUCGAGAGCCCGCUAACCGAACUCGAGGGCGGCGAGGGGUCGCCCGUGACGAUGAAACGCGCGAGGCGGACGAAGACGACGGAACCGGUCGUGUGCGACGUCCCGUUCAUGGAGCGCAAUGAGACAAAGUCCACUGGUCUCAAUCUAUAUAUGCUUAGCACGUCUCAGCCUGAGGGCAGUGAACUGGUUGCCGAUUAUCGUGCGCGACACUGGAACAACUUGACGACAUGA